UCUAUACUAGUGGUCGAGUCACGACGCAAAGAAGCCAGAUCUUUUCCAUCUCUCCCAAACUAUAACAUCGAUAGGCGGCCGGCGCUUCCGCCUCCUCGCGUCCUCUUCCUCCCCCGGCUCCGAAGAACCCUCGAUCUUUCUUUGUUCUCUUCUCGCGAUCUCGCGGGGGCGAUGGUGGGGGCGGCGGAGGAGGCGCAGCUGAACCGCCUCGAGAGCCAGGUCGACAAUGGCGGCGGCGGGGCGCGGGAGUACCUCUGCCUCGUCCGCAAGCUCAAGGCCCGGCGAUCGGAGAAGGUUCUCAAGCAUGGCCUCUCCAUCUUGAACGACCCCAAGUCUCGAUCCAGGCUUGCAGGAGACGAAUGGACUCUUUAUGAGCAGGUGGCUGUUGCGGCUAUGGAUUGCCAGAGGCUAGAUGUUGCAAAGGAUUGUGUUGCUACCCUCUCCAAGAAAUUUACAGGGAGUUUGAGAGUUGGCAGAUUAGAAGCAAUGCUGCUUGAAGCGAAGGGAGCAUGGGCUGAUGCAGAAAAAGCUUAUGCACGUCUUCUAGAGGAUAAUCCUCUUGAUGAGGUGAUGCAUAAGAGGAAGGUUGCUAUGGCAAAGGCACGAGGAAAUAUAUCGGCUGCUAUUGAUUUUCUAAAUAAGUACCUUGAAAUAUUUAUGGCUGAUCAUGAUGCUUGGAGAGAACUUGCUGAAAUUUACGUAUCCCUACAAAUGUACAAGCAAGCAGCCUUUUGUUAUGAGGAGCUAAUACUAUCUCAACCAACAGUUCCUCUAUAUCAUCUGGCUUAUGCAGAGGUACUUUAUACUAUGGGUGGUUUGGAAAAUCUUCAGGCAGCCAAGAAGUACUAUGCGUCCACCAUUACCUUGACUGGAGGCAAGAACACCAGAGCUCUCUAUGGAGUAUGCUUGUGUAGUGUUGCCAUCAAUCAGCUGACCAAGGGGCGGAACAAGGAAGAGAAAGAGAGCUCUGAGCUGCAAUCUCUUGCUGCAGAGGCUUUAUUGAAAGAUUACAAGCAUAGGGCACCUGAAAAGCUACCUCUUCUUACCGCCAUGCUGAAGAACAUGAAAGCUCGUCCCUUGAUUCUGAUUUUUUUUUCAAAAAAAUAACAUUGACGACCUGGUUGCUCCAAUUCAGCAAUUGCAUAGGAACCAUUGUGAAAGUACGGUGCUUAGUGCUUAAUUUUCUUUACCGAGGGUAUUUUCUGUUUCUUGUCCCUUUGAUCCAGGGAUGUCUUGUAUAAUUCUAAUAUAUUCAUAUAUAUAUAUAUAUAUAUAUAUAUAU